AUGGAAGACAAAGACGUUGCAAUUUGUCUGCUACUCAGUCUUCCGAAGAGAUACGAAAAUGUGGUGCUCAACAUGGAAAUGAGCAGCACCGAGCUUCGCACUCAAGAUGUGGUGAGAGUCCUGACGAAUGAGCAUACCAAGCGUCAAGGAGAAAAAGGGACAACGACAGCGACUACGGUGAAGGCUGAAGAUGCAAGCAAGGCAUUCAGCGCCGAGCAUGAGCCCUACCAAUGCACGUAUUGUGGCAAGGUGGGACACACGGUGGAUCGUUGCUGGACAAAGCAGAAGAACGAAGGUCGGGGAGCCCGACGCGGCGGCAAUGGUCGUGGACGCGGGGCUAACAAUGUCCAGUGGGGACAUCAUGAUGAAGGCAAUGGCUACGAUCGAGUGGCGUUUGCAGUCUCGUUCGAAUGUGGCGUUUCGACGAGCAAGGACGUGUCUGGAAUGUGGGCCGUCGACAGUGGUGCAACGCACCACAUUUGCCACGACAAGACCAAGUUCGCAAGUUUGGCAGAGCGCAAUGAGGGCGAACUCUUGGUGGCUGAUGGCAACAAGGUGGCCAUCAAGGGUGUGGGAACCAUCAUGGAAAAGGUGGUUCUGCCCAACAGUGAAGAGCGUGAGAUCGAAAUCAAGAACGCGCUAUAUGUUCCAAGUAUGAGCAAGAACCUGCUCUCGGUGCCACAGAUUAACAGCCAUGGCAAGUUCCAAGUCGUGUUUGACGGGUCCAAGAUGUAUGUGACUCUCAAGAACUCACAGCAAGUGGUGGCGACAGCGGAUCUCGUGGAUGGACUCUACUGGCUUCGGACGACUCAACGAUCAGCGAAUGUGACAACAAGUGGAACCAGUUGUGCCGAUCUACAUGCGAGAAUGGGUCAUGCUCCAGUCGAUGUACUUCGCAAGAUGAUCGCGACCAACAUGAUCAAGGAUGUGCGAGUCCCUCUCAAGUCGGGUGGAGCAACUACAUGUCGAGGAUGUCAACAAGGGAAAAUGGUCCAAAAACCAUUUCCAAGCAACCGAGACAAGCGCAGCUACGAUACGUUUGAGCUACUUCAUCUGGACAUCUGCGGGCCCAUGGAAAAGGAUUCGCUCGGUGGCAGCAAAUAUUUGCUGCUGAUCAUCGACGAAGCCAGUGGAUGCAUGAAGGGCUUUUGUCUACGAGUGAAGUCCGAGAGUGAAGACUACAUCCGGAAAUAUAUCACCAUGGUACAGACGCAAUUCUGUAAGAAGGUCAAGUUCGUGCGACACGACGGAGCUCGCGAGUUUGCAACCAACUCGCUUCAACUGUUCUACGAAGACGAAGGCAUUGAACAGCAGACAACGGUGCCGUAUGCACAUCAAACAAACGGAACAGCAGAGCGUGCCAUUAGGACUAUUGUCACGAUCGGCCGCAGCAUGCUUCAUCAUGCCAAACUGGACAAGUGUUUCUGGGCCGAAGCAGCGAUGACGGCCAUCUACGUCAAGAAUCGACUGCCGUCACCUAAAGUCGUGCACAAGACCCCGUUUGAGAUCGUGUACAACUCCAAGCCAAGUGUCAAGCACAUGCGAGUAUUCGGCUGUCAGACAUUUAUACUGACUCCGAAGGAGAAGCGACUCAAGUGGGAUCCAAAGGCUCGCGCUGGCAUAUUCGUGGGCUACGAAGAAGUUUCGAAGGCAUAUCGUGUUUAUGACAUCGAGGCGGGGCAGGUGGUUAUCAGCCGCGAUGUCAACUUCGACGAGUCCACCUUUGGACUUCAACUGCCGAUCACUGAUGAAGAUGUCGAUGACCUGGACUUCGAAUUGCUGGAUCUUGAUGACGAAGAGCUGCGUCAAAUGGAGUACAAGCAAACAGGCAAGCGCAAGAACCGACUCAAUGAUGAAGAUACAGCAGCUCCACGACCGCGUGCAGUGCGUCAACGACCAGGACUAGAAGAGUCAAGCGCGCCGGAAAACAACUCGUCACGCCAAGAAGAAGACGAAGAAACGAAGGAUUCUGGUGAUUCAACACCGCCUGUGUUUUGGCGUGCGAGUGCAAAUGCCGUUGAAGCAGUAGUGGACUUAUCAGAACCCUCAACAUUUGAAGCAGCAGUAAGCGGCCCUGACCAAGUGCACUGGAGAAAAGCAAUUCAUGCAAAGCUCGAGUCAAUGCGACUUCGCGGUGUGUUUCGUGCAGCCAAGCUGCCCAACGGACAACGUGCCAUUGGCACAAAAUGGGUGUUCAAGAUCAAGCGCAAGGCGGAUGGGUCAAUCUAG